AUGCUUCCACGACCUCGCCUACAAAUCGCCAACGUGCGCAGUCUCCUCCAUCGGCAACAUGUCCCCCGCCGAACAAUCGUCGCUGCGCCCAGACCCAACUCCGGACCUCUAAUGGAACGACGAUCCGAUCGCGAACUACCGACUAUUGCAAACACCAACCGCAACGGCUGGAUACGCACGAUCCCGCUCUUCGCCCUCAUCGUCGUGGGAUCCGCACUUGCCAUCUUCAACUACCAAAAGACCAGCAGCUCGGUGGUGAGCAGUACACUAUAUGCUGUACGCACGAAUCCCGAGGCACGCGCGAUUCUGGGAGAUGAGAUCUACUUUGCAAGUCAGAUUCCUUGGAUAGCUGGAGAGUUGAAUCAGAUGCAGGGGAGAAUCGACAUUAGUUUUUGGGUCAAGGGGACAAAGGGCAAGGGAAAGAUGCGGUUUAAAAGUGAGAGGAAAACAAGGAUGGGAAUUUUUGAGACGGUAGAAUGGAGUCUGGAGCCCGAAGGUGGUAAAAAGAUCUCAUUGCUUGAAAACGAGGGCAGAGAUCCGUUCCAGAAGAAGACGGAUUACGACUAG